AUGUCCUCUGAUCACCACCGUGUCCACACUUCUGUGCCAGACACAACGGCAGCCAUUGACAGAAGUUUGCCCGAGUUCCCAGCGGCCAAGCCAAUCGACGAGGACAACUAUUUCAGACUGCACAAGCCUCCUCAGUAUCUAUCGCAGAUCUCGAGAGACGUGGCCGACUUUAUCAACUUCCACCACCAGGCCAGACGUAAAAUCGUCCUGGUCACGUCCGGAGGUACUACUGUGCCGCUGGAAAACAACACGGUGCGCUUCAUCGACAAUUUCAGUGCUGGAACCAGAGGUGCUACUUCUGCAGAGUAUUUCUUGGAAAACGGGUACGCAGUGGUGUUUUUGCAUAGAGAAUUCUCGCUUUUACCAUACUCCAGACAUUAUAGCCAUACCACCAACUGCUUUCUUGACUACAUGACCGAGUCCCAGAAUGGGAAAGUGGAAGUCAACGCCGAGUUCCAGAAAGAGAUGCUCGUGGUGCUUAGAAAGUACAGACACGCCCAGAAGAAUAAUCUGCUUCUUCUUGUUCCAUUCACAACUGUCCACCAAUACCUGUUCACAUUGAAGCUGAUCGCCCAGGAGCUGUCUGUUAUAGGGUCAGACGCUCUUUUUUUCCUCGCAGCUGCGGUGUCCGACUUUUUCCUUCCAUCCUCGCGUGUUCCGGAACACAAGAUCCAGAGCCAGGAGUCGGGCGGUAAAUUGGUUGUUGAUCUCGAGCCCGUGCCUAAAUUUUUGAGUAGACUGGUCGAUUCAUGGGCUCCGAUCUCGAUGAUUGUCUCGUUCAAGCUCGAGACCGAUAAUUCGAUCCUGAUUAAGAAAUCCAAAGGUGCUUUGGAAAGAUACAACCACCAGUUGGUGAUUGGAAACUUGUUGCAGAGCAGAAAACGCGAGGUGGUAUUUGUCACUAAGGACAGCGACAGAUGGGUCAAGCUCACUUCUGACCAAAUAGAAGCCAACGUCGACAUCGAGUCGUUGAUCGUUCCAGAGGUGAUCAAACUGCAUGCAAGCUCCAUUGAAGAGAAAAGAAAAGUCGGUCUAUAG